AUGAUUUUGGUGUCCUACAGCAAGAACCUCAGAUCUCCCAUGUACUUCUUCCUCUCACAGCUCUCCCUAUGCGAUAUCUUACUGAGCAUUGACAGUGUACCAAACACUCUUAAUGUUAUUAUUAAUGAAGGAGGAACCAUGUAUUUAGCAGGGUGCAUUAUUCAAUACAUCAUCUUUCUUAUGUCAGAAAGUUCAGAGUGUCUUCUUCUGACAGUGAUGUCCUAUGACCGAUAUUUGGCCAUCUGUAGCCCACUGCAUUAUGGUUCAAUAAUGGGGGACACAUUCUGCAAGAAAUUGUCCGUAGUGUGUUGGACACCAAGUUUUAUUUAUUCUCUUAUUUUAUCUGCAAGUUUAAGUAGUUUGUAUUUCUGUGGCCCAAACACCAUUGACCAUUUCUUCUGUGACCUGGAUCCUAUAUUGAAACUUUCUUGUUCGGAUGUCUCUUUUAUUCACGUGGAAGCCAAGGUAUUGAGCGUCCCGGCAGUGGUUUGUCCAUUCCUGAUCAUCAUGGCAUCAUACAUCUGUAUUGUCAAUGCAGUUUUGAAUAUUUCAUCAUUUUCCGGAAGACAAAAGGCCUUCUUCACCUGCAGCUCCCACCUGACUGUUGUGUGCCUUUAUUAUGGGACAGUGAUAGCUGUGUACAUGCUUCCAACCUCAUUGCACACAUUGAAUAUGAAUAAAAUUUUUACUAUGAUCUACGCUGUUUUCACUCCGUCUCUUAACCCCAUCAUCUACAGUCUGAGGAACAAGGACAUCUGGGAGGCAAUGGAAAUUUUUCUGAAUAAAAUUACCUGCUGUUUAGGGAUGAGGUCUAGGUUCACUGCUACCAUAGGUUCGGGGCAUAUCCUGUAUGUUCGAGGUUUGCACACCCGGAGAAAUAAUGUAGGGAUUUCUCAUAAUAAACAUAAUGUACUUCCUGGACUUUGA